CCAACUGAUCAAGACUUCUAUUUAUUGGUCAGUUCAUCACAAACAAGAGCAAUCUCAGGGACACAAAAAAAUGGAAGGAGAGCUGCACAACUUCAUGAGAGUAUGGUUAACAGUUGUAAUAUCUCUUGCUUACUGCUAUUCAAUUAGCAAAGUAGUCUCUGCAGGUCCCAAAAGACUCAUUUUGCUACUUCCCGUCGUGGGUCUCUUCUUCUACCUCCCACUCCAUCUCUCCUCUCCUCAUCUCUGUGGCAUGACAUCUUUCUUCAUCACUUGGCUUGCCAAUUUCAAGCUCUUACUCUUCUCUUUUGGUCAAGGCCCUCUUGCCUCAGACCCAUCAAUCUCGCUCCCACUCUUUGUGGCAGUUGCCUGCUUACCCAUCAAGCUCCAACAAAACCCAUCUCAAAAAUCACCCUUAAAGCCUAGAGAAAGUCCUUCGAAUUAUGCAAUCAAGGGCCUAAUUUUGGUUCUGAUGAUCAAGAUCUAUGAUUACAGGGACUAUAUGCAUCCAAAGAUGGUACUGGUGUUGUACGGUUUGCAUACUUAUUUUGGUCUUGAAAUCAUACUAGCAAUGGGUGCAGCCAUGGCUCGAACCAUGACCGGAUUAGAGCUCGAGCCACAGUUCAAUGAACCGUAUCUCUCCACGUCGUUGCAGGACUUUUGGGGCAAAAGAUGGAAUCUGAUGGUCCCCAGCAUCCUGCGACCAACCGUGUACCUUCCCACCAUUAAGGCAUGCUCACGUGUGAUUGGUCGGAAGUGGGCUCCACUGCCAGCUGUUUUUGCAACGUUUGUGGUUUCAGGUAUCAUGCACGAACUGAUAUUCUACUACUUGGGCCGAAUGAGGCCCACUUGGGAGGUGAUGGGGUUCUUCCUCGUUCAUGGGCUUUGUUUGACGGCUGAGAUUGCUUUGAAGAAGGCAAUUGAUGGACGGUGGAGAUUGCAUGGGCUGAUAUCAGGGGGCUUGACCAUUGGAUUUGUUGUGACGACAAGUGUUUGGAUCUUCCUCCCCUGCUUAAGCAAGUCUCAGAUUGAUGUAAGGUCGUUGGAGGAGUACGCGCUGAUAGGCGCGUUUAUACGUAAUCUGAUUCCCUAUUAGGGUAUUUACAAUGGUAAAUUAUUGUUGGAUCAACAAAAAUAUUGUAUUUUGUCGAUGUGGUUGUAUUAGAAAAUAUGUUUUUCUGAUAUGACUGUAUUGAAAAACGUGUUUUGUUGAUGUGGCUGUACUGAGAUUGUGUGUUUUGAUGUAGUUUUGUUAAGUACAACAUGGAGACAUGAAAUGUUAACGGCCUCCAUAUUGGGUGGGAAGAGAUAAUGUAUAGAAAUUUGUGUAUUAUUGAUGUGAUUGUAUUGAGAGACGUGAUUGACUUAACUUUUUGUAUAAUAAAGAUGGGAUCGGGUCAACUUUUUGUUGACUCAAUAAAUAGG